AAAAUGAAUUCAAAUAUCGCUGAAAUGUCGCCUAAUUUAGUUGGAAUUCGAGCUUUUGAACUUUAUUUUCCACGCACAUAUGUUAAUCAAAAUGAUUUAGAAAUGUUCGAUAACGUAAGUUCUGGUAAAUAUACUAUUGGGUUUGGACAGGAACAAAUGGGAUUUUGUGGUGACCAUGAAGAUGUUGCUUCCAUAUGUAUGACUGUUUUGUCGAAGUUAUUAAAUAAUUAUGAUAUUGAUACGAAAAAUGUUGGUUUUCUUGUUGUUGGAAGUGAAACACUUAUUGAUAAAAGUAAAAGUGUAAAAACUCAGCUGAUGGACAUGUUUGGAGAUAAUACGGAUAUUGAAGGAGUUGAUGUAAAAAAUGCGUGUUUUGGUGGUACUCAAGCACUUUUUCAUGCGAUUGAUUGGAUAUAUGCUAAUUGGGCAACUGAAGAAAGAUAUGCAAUUGUGGUUAUGGGUGAUAUCGCAAUUUACGAAGCAGGGCCAGCGAGGUGCACUGGAGGCGCUGGCGCAUUUGCUGCUCUUAUUGGUCCAAAUGCAUUGAUCUCAUUUGAUCGUGGACUGCGUGCAACGUUUAUGACGAAUGAGUGGGAUUUUUACAAACCAGUGAUAGGACAGACGACUGAAUAUCCUCAAGUUGAUGGGGUAGCAAGUCUGAAAUCUUAUUUUCGUUCUUUAGAUGCAGUUUACUCAAAAUACUAUAUUAAUAUGUCAACAUUUGAUGCCUUGUUUUUUCAUUCUCCGUUCUCUCGCCUUGUGCAGAAAGCAUUUGGUAGAAUAACAUAUGGUGAUUUUAUUCGUAAAAAACAAAAUUAUUUCAAAUCAAAGGCAAUAGAUCGGCUUGCUAUUAUUGCUGCCAGUGAAGACAUGUGGGAAUUAAAAUGUGAUCCAUAUUUGUUUUUUAAUCGCCGUGUUGGAAACAUGUACACUUCCUCAUUAUAUGCUCAACUGGUUGCCUUUUUUCACAAAUCGACUUGCAUCGAAUCUGUUAUUGGAAAACGUUUAUUGUUUUUUUCGUACGGCAGUGGUGCUGCUUCGGCUAUGUUUUCAGCAACUGUUGGGGAUGUUGACUUGUCUAAUUCAGGUAUAAAAAGUUUGGUACUUUACGACAGGUCCGAAAUUUGCUGA